UCUGAGCAAAUGUCAUGUUUCCUAAACAUAAUAAUCUCUGAAUAAACUCCAGUUUCUCUAAGGUAGUCCUAUUCAUCUCAGAGUGAGGCGCCUCUCUGCAGCCAACUCUGAUCUUUACACUUUUGUUCCACAGAUCUCAGUUUAAAAGUCAUGUUGCUAUUUUGGCUUAAUGUCUGACCUCUGGCCUUCCCAGCCACCACAUGUUGCAGCAGCCCAGCAGAGCUCUGGUGCUAUUGGCUGGGGUUCUAUGUCCAUCAGAGUAUCAAGGCCUCUCACAGGUGGAAUGUAAAGGAGGCUUGUCACAAGCCAGGCUGCUAUAUAAAGAGUUUGGUAUGCUGGCUCUGGCUCACUGUUGGUCAGCCAGUGUGUGUGUGCACAACUUAGAAGGGCUGAGGGUUCUGUGUUUACUGUAAGGUAAAUCCACAAAACACACUGUAAGCAUGGCUGCCGUCCAUCGUUUGGUUAUUGUCCGCCACGGUGAGAGCGCCUGGAACCAAGAGAACCGUUUCUGCGGCUGGUUCGAUGCUGACCUCAGUGAGAAGGGUAUGGAGGAGGCCAAGCGUGGGGCGCUGGCCAUCAAGGAAGCAGGCAUCAAGUUUGAUGUGUGCUACACCUCUGUGCUGAAACGAGCAGUCAAGACCCUGUGGACCAUCAUGGAAGGCACAGACCAGAUGUGGCUGCCUGUGAUUCGUACCUGGCGUCUGAAUGAGCGUCACUACGGAGGCCUCACUGGUCUCAACAAGGCCGAGACAGCUGAGAAGCACGGAGAGGAGCAGGUGAAGAUCUGGCGCCGCUCCUUUGACACCCCACCUCCACCUAUGGACAAGGAACACGCUUAUAACAAAAUCAUCAGUGAGUCCCGGCGUUACAAGAACCUGAAGCCUGGUGAGCUCCCAACAUGUGAAUCACUAAAGGACACCAUCGCCCGUGCCCUGCCUUUCUGGAAUGACGUCAUCGCCCCUGAAAUCAAGGCGGGAAAGAAUGUCAUCAUCGCUGCCCACGGCAACAGCCUCCGUGGCAUCGUCAAGCACUUAGAAGGUAUGUCUGAUGCUGCCAUCAUGGAGCUGAAUCUGCCAACAGGAAUCCCAAUCGUGUACGAGCUGGAUGCAGACCUGAAGCCAGUUAAGCCCAUGUCUUUCCUCGGUGAUGAGGAAACCGUAAAGAAGGCCAUGGAGGCCGUGGCUGCUCAGGGCAAAGCCAAGAAGUAAGCCUGCUCUGGAGACAGAAAAACAGACUGUUCCCCACCUCAUUCUUCAAGCUUUUUUCCGCCACCCAUUUGUCCAUCCUUGAAGUCCAUUCCAACAGGGUAAAUGUUUAAUGGUUCUUUUGGAGACGAGCCAUUUUCAGCACAUUAGCCCUGUUUGUUCAAAUUACAAACAGAGGGAUGACCUGUCAAUCAGUACAGACAGCCAGGGUCUCAUGUUCCAUGCAGCCACACACCACUCAGCCCUUUUAAAUUGUGGUCACGCCCCUAUGUUAAGGGCCUCACCACCCUGGCACAACCAAUAAAGAAACCAUGUUUUUACUUA